UUUAAGACAAACACAUAAAUAUUAAAAUUGUUAAUUUGCUUCAUUAUAACUUUCCUCUCUUCCUCCUUUGACUGUCACCAAACCCCAUAACACAAGCUUCCUCAUCUCUUCUUCUCUUCUUCAUCCAUUUUUAUUUCAAUUUUCUCUCAUCUGUGUAAGUGUAGCUGCUCAUUUUCAACCAAUCUUACCUUGGAUAUUAUAUAUUGUUGUUCGUGAAUUGGAUCCUGUUAUUCAUUUUGAGUGCAAACGGUGGGUGGUUUUUUGGGCCUUGCUGAUAUUUUAAAAUGGCUUCAGUGGGUAUUGCUCCCACUUCUGGACUUAAAGACCCCGGUGGCAAUGUUGGUGCUAUUGAUAAGUUGCCUGAUGAGAUGAAUGAUAUGAAAAUUAGAGAAGACAAGGAAAUGGAAGCUGCUGUUGUUGAUGGUAAUGGAACAGAGACAGGUCAUAUAAUUGUCACGACAAUUGGUGGAAAGAAUGGACAAGCCAAGCAGACAGUGAGUUACAUGGCUGAGCGUAUUGUGGGACAAGGAUCCUUCGGAGUGGUGUUUCAGGCAAGGUGCUUGGAGACCGGUGAAACUGUUGCUAUAAAGAAAGUCCUUCAAGACAAGAGAUACAAGAACCGUGAGCUGCAAACAAUGCGUCUUUUGGAUCAUCCAAAUGUUACCUCUUUGAAGCAUUGUUUCUUUUCUACAACUGGAAAGGAUGAGCUCUAUCUUAACCUAGUGCUUGAGUUUGUCCCUGAAACUGUUCAUCGUGUCAUCAGACACUACAACAAGAUUAACCAGAGGAUGCCACUGAUAUUUGUAAAGCUUUACACAUACCAGAUUUGUCGAGCAUUGGCCUACAUUCACAGAACUAUUGGAGUAUGCCAUAGGGACAUAAAACCCCAAAACCUACUGGUCAACCCACAUACGCACCAAUUGAAGAUAUGCGACUUUGGAAGUGCUAAAGUCUUGGUGAAAGGAGAGCCAAAUAUAUCUUAUAUAUGUUCUAGAUACUAUCGUGCACCAGAAUUGAUAUUUGGAGCAACUGAGUACACAACUGCAAUUGACAUUUGGUCUGCUGGCUGUGUUCUUGCUGAACUGCUGCUUGGACAACCUUUAUUCCCUGGUGAGAGUGGAGUUGACCAGCUUGUGGAGAUUAUUAAGGUUUUGGGUACCCCUACAAGGGAAGAAAUAAAAUGUAUGAAUCCUAAUUACACUGAAUUCAAGUUCCCCCAAAUUAAAGCUCACCCAUGGCACAAGAUAUUUCACAAGCGCAUGCCCCCUGAGGCUGUGGAUCUUGUCUCAAGACUUCUGCAAUAUUCUCCUAACCUUCGGUGCACAGCUUUAGAUGCUAUAACUCAUCCGUUUUUUGAUGAGCUACGCGAUCCAAACUCUCGUUUGCCCAAUGGACGGCCCCUCCCCCCACUUUUCAAUUUCAAGGCUCAUGAAUUAAAAGGAGUUCCGGAAGAAACUUUGGUGAGGGUAGUUCCAGAACAUGCUAGAAAGCAAUGUGGAUUUCUUGGAUCAUGAUUUCGUGGUGCUUCAUGAUGAAAUGUUUCCGAUGCUUGAAGUAGAUAUAGCUAUGCAUAUUCAAGGGGGGAAUGUUUGGAGGUUAUAUUAAUUAACAUUAUUUCUCUUAUGUUCUCUGCUAACGUGCUGUUGUACACUCGUACUGAUGUGUUACUAUGUCAUUGCACAUUGAGAAGGUUCUGAUUAUUGUACACAGAACCUAAUGGGCGAUGAACUCUUCCUUGUUUGUAGAUGACUGUAGGUUGUAACUAUGUAUUGAACAAAAUCAUCAUUUUAUUCUUUCAUAUGCUUCACUUGCUUCA